UGUCUGGCUCUGCAGCGAAGGGGUUAAGGAGAUGUGUGCUGAGCUAGUGAGGGAGGAGAGAGGGAGCAGCAGUCUCCAUCAGGAGGUAGAGAUGUUUGAAGGACUUUGGAGUCUCCCUGGCUGGGCUCUCUGUCCCAGUGAAUUGUGACAAGGCUAGCAGAAUGAAGAGGGACAGGCUGUGUCUUAUCUCUUCGAGGAGGUAGCAGCAGAGGGCUGGCUCUUUCCUUUCCUUAUAAAGAUCCUGUAGCCCUACUCUUGAGUCUCUCACUCUGACAGGGGGAGGGGGGAGAUGAAGGUGAAUCGGAGACCACCCGUAAAACUGUGGACCACAAUGAUGAUGACCAUAGCUCUCAUUGGGCUCUUCCUGGUGUCUUCCACUUCAGCCCUGAAAGCCGAAUACCUGCCUGGUAUCUACACUGGCGAUGAAGCAGGAGCACUGACAUUUGCCUCGGACUACAACACCACAGCAGAGAAAGUCAUUUAUUUGAGCACAGAAGCCAGCUGGAACUAUAACACUAAUUUAACGGAUCACAACAGAGAACUCCAGGUUGCAGCUUCUCUGGAGGAGCAGGAAUUUAGUGAAGUGUGGGGGCAGAAAGCCAAGGAGCUGUUCAAUGCAACCUAUGAUACCUUUGGAGAUCCUCAACUCAAGAAAAUCAUCAAUUCCAUCUGGACACUGGGAGCAUCUAAUUUGCCGUUAGUAGAGCGAGAAGAGUACAACAACAUACUCAGUCUGAUGGACCAGAUCUACUCAACAGCCAAAGUUUGCCCACCAACUCAGACGACCAAUUGCUGGUCCUUGGAACCAGAUUUGUCAGAGAUUAUGGCCACAUCUCGCAGUUACAAGAAGUUGUUAUAUGCCUGGGAAGGAUGGCACAAUGCAGCGGGCAUUCCCCUGAAGAGCAAAUAUGAACGCUUUGUACAGCUCAGCAAUCAGGCUCACAAAAUGGAUGGAUACAAGGACACUGGAGCGUAUUGGCGUUCUUGGUAUACAUCAGAUACAUUCGAAGAAGAUCUAGAAAACUUGUACCUCCAACUGGAGCCUUUGUAUCUCAACCUGCAUGCCUUUGUACGGAGGAAGCUGUAUGAGCGUUAUGGUGAAAAAUACAUUAAUUUAGAAGGUCCCAUCCCAGCACACUUAUUGGGUAACAUGUGGUCCCAGCAGUGGAACAAUAUUUAUGACAUGAUGAUACCCUUCCCUAACAAGACCAAUGUGGAUGUUACGAAUACUAUGAGAGAAAAGGGGUGGAAUGCCACACACAUGUUCAGAGUCUCGGAGGAGUUUUUCACUUCACUGGGUCUGAUAGAAAUGCCGCAGGAAUUUUGGGACAAGUCGAUGUUGGAGAAACCUGCAGAUGGGCGAGAAGUGGUGUGCCAUGCCUCUGCCUGGGACUUUUAUAACAGGAAAGACUUCAGGAUAAAGCAGUGCACCACAGUUACUAUGGAACAGUUAUUCACUGUACACCAUGAGAUGGGCCACGUAGAGUAUUAUCUGCAGUACAAGGAUCUACCAGUUACAUUCCGUCGAGGGGCAAACCCAGGAUUCCACGAGGCCAUCGGGGAUGUUCUGUCGCUGUCUGUGUCUACCCCAGGUCAUCUGAAAGAAAUUGGCCUUUUAAAUGAAGUCACAACUGAUGAAGAGAGUGAUAUCAAUUACUUGCUCAAGAUGGCUUUGGAGAAGAUUGCCUUCCUGCCUUUUGGAUAUCUGAUUGACCAGUGGAGAUGGAAUGUGUUCAAUGGGCGCACUCCUCCAAGUCGAUACAAUUAUGACUGGUGGAACCUCAGAACAAAAUACCAAGGAAUCUGUCCUCCAGUAGAGCGAACGGACACUCAGUUCGAUGCUGGAGCAAAGUUUCAUAUCCCCGGAAACACACCUUACAUCAGGUAUUUUGUGAGUUUCGUCCUCCAGUUUCAAUUUCACAAGGCACUCUGUGCAGCAGCCAACCACACAGGCCCUUUGCAUACAUGUGAUAUCUACAGAUCCCAGGAGGCUGGACAGCUUCUCGGUAAUGUUCUCCGUGCGGGAUCCUCCCAGCUGUGGCAAGAUGUUCUAUUGCAAAUGACAGGGGGUAACAAGAUGGAUGUUGGACCCCUGCUGGAAUAUUUUGCACCUGUCACUAAGUGGCUACAGGAGCAGAACAACAAAAAUAACGAAACUCUUGGCUGGCCAGAUUUUGCGUGGCGCCCACCCGUUCCUGAUGGAUACCCUGGGGAUAUAGAUAAAAUAGCAAAUGAAAAAGAGGCAGACAAUUUUCUAACGGAAUAUACCAAUUCAGCAGAGCUUGUAUGGAAUGCCUACACUGAGGCAUCAUGGGACUACAAUACCAAUAUUACUGAGCAUAACAGGCAGGUCAUGCUUGAUAAGAAUCUGGAAAUGUCCAACCAUACUCUCGAUUAUGGUCUUAGGGCAAGAAAUUAUGACUACAGUGAUUUUCAAAAUUCAGAAACCCAGCGCUUACUGAAGAAACUCAGCGAAAUUGACAAAGCCGCGCUCACGGAAACUGAACAGAAAGAGCUAAACAACAUCCUUUCCAAUAUGGAGACUACAUACAGUGUGGCCAAAGUGUGCAAAACUGAGUCAACGUGCCUCCCACUAGAUCCAGAUCUAACAGAAAUCAUGGCCACCUCACGGGACUACGAUGAACUGCUCUUUGCCUGGAAGGGAUGGAGAGAUGCUUCAGGCAAGAAAAUCCGUUCUGACUUCAAGGAAUACGUCAAACUAGUCAACAAGGCAGCUCAGCUUAACGGUUAUAAUGACAAUGGGGCAUAUUGGAGGUCUUGGUAUGAGACCCCGACCCUUGAAAGUGACUUGGAAAACCUCUAUCACCAGCUUCAGCCUCUCUACCUCAAUCUGCAUGCAUACGUCCGAAGAGCACUCUACAAGAAGUACGGAGCAGAGAAAAUCAACCUCAAUGGGCCCAUUCCUGCCCACCUCUUGGGUAACAUGUGGGCACAGUCCUGGUCCAACAUUUUCGACCUUGUUGUCCCAUUCCCAAAUGCUGCGAAGGUGGAUGCCACUCCUGCAAUGAUUGCACAGAACUGGACAGCACAGAGGAUGUUUAAGGAAUCCGAUGAUUUUUUUGUUUCUCUUGGCUUGAUCCCCAUGCCACAAGAAUUCUGGGAUAAAUCGAUGAUUACAAAACCCGCAGACCGGGAAGUCGUAUGCCAUGCAUCUGCCUGGGAUUUCUACAACCGAAAAGAUUUUAGGAUUAAGCAGUGCACAGUGGUCAACAUGGACGACCUCAUAACAGUUCAUCAUGAGAUGGGACAUGUCCAGUACUUCUUGCAGUAUAAAGAUCUGCCUGUGUCUUUUCGAGAAGGGGCUAACCCUGGAUUCCAUGAGGCUAUUGGCGAUGUGCUAGCUCUAUCAGUCUCCACGCCACAGCAUCUCCACAGCAUCGGUCUUCUAGACUCUGUACAGGACAAUGAAGAAAGUGACAUUAACUACCUUAUGAGCAUUGCAUUGGAUAAAAUAGCCUUUUUGCCUUUUGGCUACCUGAUGGACCAGUGGAGGUGGAAAGUGUUUGACAGCAGAACUCCAGACUCGGAAUAUAACCAGCAGUGGUGGAACCUGAGGUUGAAGUACCAGGGUUUGUGUCCUCCAGUCUUAAGAUCUGAAGACGAUUUUGAUCCCGGAGCAAAGUUUCACAUCCCAUCAAGUGUUCCCUAUAUCAGGUACUUCAUCAGUUUUGUAAUUCAGUUUCAGUUCCAUGAAGCACUUUGCAAAGCGGCCAAUCAAAAUGGACCUCUGCAUAAAUGCGACAUUUACAAGUCCACAGCGGCAGGAAAACUGCUCGGAGAUGCCAUGAAGAUCGGUAACAGCAAACCCUGGCCUGACGCAAUGACAUUAAUUACGGGUAGCCCUAACAUGUCAGCUGAUGCCCUUCUCAAGUACUUCGAGCCAUUGACCAAGUGGCUAGCGCAGGAGAAUGCGAAAAAUGGAGAAACCCUUGGAUGGCCUGAGUACAACUGGAGCCCAAUUGUUCCUCAGCAACCAUCAUCUCAAACAACAACAACAGCACCUGGACCAUCACAGACUGAAGUAACAAAAUCUGAAAAAGUUGACUUUCUCGGAUUGAAAUUGAGUAGUAGUCAAGCAACUGCUGGGCAAUGGGUUCUCCUUGCACUGGGACUGAUCUUAGUCCUUGUCUGUAUUUUCUUGGGAUUUAAGUUUUCAAAGCUCAAGCGUAGGGCAAAGAAGUCUUCUUCUGAAUUGGAACUGAAAUAGCAAGGAACAUCUCAAUAUGAAACAGAGGAGGACCACCUUUAGCACUGGAAAACUUGGGGACACCUAGUUUAUGAGUUCCAUCAAGGGAUACAUUUUUGUUGACUAUGCAAAGAACUUAAUCCAUGAAACAUCAAUCCGCUAGCGCCUUCAAUCCCACAAUUUUAAAAAUGAACUAUUAAACAGGUGCUGAUGGGGUAGGGUGUGGGUGGGAGGUGUGGGAUAAGAGUAUUAAUUAUUUUACGGUCUCUUGAGAUCUCCAGCAAUGGGAGCAAUAAAUUGUGUUGUAUGUGACAUGGUCUGUUUUCACCUUUUUCAGAUUUCUUUUUACACUGAUUUACAGAUUUACUGAUUUAAAUGUUGAGCAAAGAGACUGUGAUCUAAAAUAAAAUGGUUAAUAACUUA